CGUGAUAAUCGUCUCCAGUGUGAGGAGCUUGACUGGAGGAUCAACAAACAGAUCAUCAUGAGUUGGGUACAAAACGGUAUUUUUCGAUUUUCGUUCUUACGGUACGAGUACGAGUUACGUACUACGGGCUCCCCCGUAACCCUCAACGCGUGCAUACUGGUACUCUGUAACGAUGAUGAGCAGACCGUUGCUAAUGAGUGCUUCUAUUACUCUACUGUACCGUACUCUAUUUACGAAUCCAAAAACAAUGUUCCUGUAGCCAUUGAACAUCGUACCGAAACUGAUACCGGCAGUUGAAUUCGCACAGUUUCAAUCAACGUCGGAAGUGAUGGCGGCGAUGCCAGAACAAAUAUUGCUCCUGGAAUAGUAAGGAUGGAUCUGAGUGACUGCCACGCUUUGGGCUUUCGUCAACUUGUUCUUUCUGCCGUUGCUUUCUGCUCGGUACAAGUAUCGCCGGCUCCCGAGUACCUUGGUUCCUCCUAUGCCGCUCAUGCUGCAAAGUUUUGGCACAGAUCUGAACACUACAGGAGCGAAGCCAGUCGAAAAUGUUCGAAAAAGAUGGUGUCGGUGAUGCGACGGCGUCCGGAAUCCAUACAUUCCUGCCCGACUCGAAUCUGAACUUUGUGGCCGGCAUCUCUCCCAUGUACUGGUCGUACGUUCGAAUGACGGUGAUCGACGUAUUGAACCUGAAACUAAAGGAUGGCAUCAAUUGGAUGUCGUCGCCUCCAGCGAAAGAAGAUUUUGGAACUCCGGUGUCGAAAUGCCUGUUGGUUGGCUACGUCGUAUACGCAACCCAGCGUCGGGACGGCUCGAUGGCGUACGUCGUUGACGAUGGAACAGGUUUCAUAGACUGCGUACAUUGGUGCAGCAACAGCAACGACAAUACCGAAGAUAUCUACCAUCUUCCCUCUCUAUCCGAUGAUCUCGACGAUCAUAGAGAUCAUGGACCGUUUCAUGUGGGUGAACCGGUCCGGGUGUAUGGAAAAAUCGAAUGUGUCGCUUCGACGACAAAAAAAACGACAAAAACGUCCACAAAGAGUCACAAUGGAAAUGGCGAUGAGGUGCUUGUGGUUCGAGAAAUUCAAUCGAAUCUGAUGGAACGUGUCGAAGACAUUCUGCUGGUUGAAUCCCACCACUGGAUGCAGUUAUGUAGUAUUGACCCUGUUGACAUUCGUUCUUGUCUCGAAGCUGUCGGACCCCAGAUUCGGUCGCAAAUCGAGAACAGGAUCAAUCUCCCAGCAGCGGACGACACAUCGUGUUCCUGGCGGGUGUUUGGGAUGAGCUGCAGGUGCGAUUUACCUUACAUGGAGGAUCUACUAUACUGCCAUUGCCAAUCAAAAGCAGAAGCCAUGGAUCCAUCGUACCGCUUCCGGGAUGCUCUUUUAAUUGCGCUCCUCUCGAUGCAAUCAAAGACAGCAUCAAUGCUCAAAUUCAAAUACAAAGAUAUUCGAAACAACGAUAGUCUCGAACUACUUGCUUUGAAAGAACUUUCCCAGCAAAAGAGGACGGAGAAUAACGUCUCAAUCGAUAAAAUCUUCCUCAAAACGUUUCGGGCUCUUCGGCACGACGGGAUUCUUUACUUACUCAAUAGCAACACCGAUGAAUAUCUCUUCAUAACCAGAAGCAAGGUGCUAGAACCCUUCGUAAGAACUUUGGUUUCUAACGAAAUUGGGGCUUCCAAACCAAAAAAUAGCAACUUUGUGAGCUACGACAAGGCCCCAGCGUUCAUUUCCAGAGUUCACAACGAACGGUUGCUGUAUAUCAAGCGUUUGAUUAACGAAGGAGCGUCCACGCCCUACAAAACUCAUGGGAGCUAGUAACGCUUUCCGAUCGGAGAGAUGUUCCGAAGAUCCUGUACAUAGAAUUUAGUGGCAGAAGCAAUACCGUUUUCAUUUUUUUAAGUUGUUUUAUUUUUCUAAACUACAAGUUUCAUGGCAAUUGAAUGUGGGGACGGCUGGAUGGUUGUCAAGUUUACUUUGUGUUUGGCUUUGUUUAAGUUUUUUCAUGGUAUAAACCCUGGCAAAAUCUACAGAGCAACUUUUUCUGAAAAGCUAUUUGGGAAUGACUAAACUUUAUAGACUUCA